CUACUACCCUCACCUACUGUGCUCCCCUCUCUCUCUCUCUCUCUCCAAAAUCUACUACCCUCACCUACUGUGCUCCUCUCUCUCUCUCUCUCUCUCUCUCUCUGUUCAAACUUCAAACCCUUCCUCCUCAAUCCUCAUCUUCUCCAUUUCAUUUUUCACUAGGGUUUUGCUCUUUGUUCACCAUGUUCUCUUCAAUCCUUCCCUUCUCUCUCUUUAAUCUCAUUUCCCUAUCCCAUCACCUCCAAAGUCUUUGACAAAACCCCAGUCUUUUGAUCUCAAUACAAUUAAAAAACUUAACUCAAGUAGAAUAUACUAUCAAGAAUCAGAUGGGUAAAUGCUACUCGGUGUUGGCCAGUCCCAGAAAUGUAAAGCAAAGAGAAGUAAAUGGUUGGAAUAGCAAGAGGACGGCCGGCGAUUUCACUUCUUUUGUUGGCAAGUUUAACAGCAGCGGCGGCGGAGGAGGUGCGGCGGCGGCAGUGGCGGCGGACGGGUUGCUUCAGAUUCCAGGGAGGCUGUUUGGCAAUGGGUCUUGUAGCUUCGCCAGUUUGCACACGCAGCAGGGCAAGAAAGGAACCAAUCAGGACGCCAUGAUCGUUUGGGAGAAUUUCAGCUCAAGAGGUGAUGAAGUAUUUUGUGGAGUGUUUGAUGGUCAUGGUCCUUAUGGUCACAUGGUUGCCAAAACAGUUCGAGAUUCUCUUCCUAUUUUGCUGUGUUCUCAGUGGAUAGCUAAUUCCCACAGUGACCAGGAUAACAGAAGCAAUUAUUUUGAGGAAGGCAUGGAUGGUGAUUGGUGUGACUCUCUAGAGGUUGAGGAGACUGAAAAAAUUCCUGAAAUUUAUCUUCCACUAAAGAAGGCAAUGUUGAAGGCUUUCAGAAUGAUGGACAAAGAAUUAAAGUUGCGUUCGGCCAUCGACUGUUACUGUAGUGGAUCAACUGCUGUCACUUUGGUUAAGAAGGGUCAGGAUCUUAUACUUGGGAAUAUUGGUGACUCUAGAGCAAUACUGGCAACAAGGGAUAAAGACAAUGCUUUGACUGCUGUACAGUUGACCACUGACUUGAAACCUAAUCUUCCAAGGGAAGCUGCUAGGAUUCAACAGUGCAAGGGAAGGGUCUUUGCAUUGCAAGAUGAGCCUGAGGUUGCCCGUGUGUGGUUGCCUAAUAGUGACUCACCUGGUUUGGCAAUGGCUAGAGCUUUUGGAGACUUCUGUCUAAAGGACUUUGGUUUGAUAUCUGUCCCAGAUGUUUAUUAUCGCCGUCUCACAGAGAGGGAUGAAUUUGUUGUUCUGGCCACCGAUGGGGUUUGGGAUGUCCUUUCAAACAAAGAAGCUGUAGAUAUAAUUGCCUCAGCGCCAAGUCGUGCAACAGCAGCUAGAGCGCUUGUUGAUUGUGCUACCAGAGCAUGGAGGCUCAAAUACCCUACAUCCAAGACCGAUGAUUGUGCUGUUGUAUGCCUUUUUGUGGAGCAAUUACGAGCACCCAAUGCAGCUCCAGCAGAGAAUGGGUUAAUGAAUGGGGACACCAAGAGUUCAGAUUUUAGCGAGAUUUCAGCUUCUGAUGCUUCUGUUGUUGAGGAUUCAGGCACUUAUAAAGACAAUGGUGAGAUUGUGCCUGUUUUGGAAUCACCUGCGGACAGGGCUCCUGAGAGGGGCAUAGGCCGGUCCAAGAGGAGCCUAGCUGAGUGCCUGACAACCGGAGAGGAAGAGGAAUGGUCAGCACUUGAAGGUAUAACAAGGGUCAAUAGCCUGCUAAGCAUUCCCAGGUUUUCGUCUGGCGAAAGAAGUUCAGUUAGCUGGAGAAAGUGGUUAUAAAUCACUUAUAGUGCUAUCGUGAUCUUGAUUUUGCAUGCAAUCCAAUACAGAUCUGUAAUUAUUUUCAAACUCCGAUUGAAACUGUCUCUUCCUCAAGUAUUGCAUUUCAAAAUAGUUGGAGGAUGUAGCUUUUUUGUUAUACCGUGGCACAAAUAGUUGUUCAAAUAGAGUUGUGUGUGCGUCCCGAUGAAAAGGGCAGCUGAAGAUUUUGUUGCAAACCCUGGAGCAUAUCUAAGAUGUGUAAUUUUGUCCGGUGAGAAUGGGAUUUCAUUCGUGGA